UACAACACAGAAAAUGGCGUCAGCUGAUUCCCAGCCGCGGUUCGGCCAGUCUGUCAAAGGCUUGUUAUCCGACAAAGUGGGCUCCUGCAGCGGGGACGUGAUUGCGUUGACCCGUCAGGUGCUGAAGGGAUCCCGCAGCCAAGAGCUUCUGGGCCUGGCAGCGAGGAACAUGGUGAUCCAGGAGGACGCCAUCCUGCACUCAGAGGAUAGUCUGAGGAAAAUGUCCAUCAUCACCACUCAUCUACAGUACCAGCAGGAGGCCAUCCAGAAGAACGUGGAACACUCCAAGAACCUGCAGGACCAGCUGAAGCACCUGCUGAAGUGACACACACCCCACCAUGGAGGGGGGGGCAUCAGCAGCUCAGCCUCCAACUGCUCAG